AUGAGUUUUAAUGACAGGCAAGGAUGGAAGCAAAGGGCGCAGAGUAGCAAUCAAGGAGAUCCUGCGUUCAAAAACGUCUUCUCUGUAUGCUCAACAGGAUCCUACAAUAUCCCAAACAAUGGGUCUCAGAUUCCUGUUCGUGGAUUUCAAGAACUGGAUCUUUCUCCAAGCUUCAAACGAAACGAUCAAUGGUUUGAUUCGCCAUCACGCAGAGAGUCUAAUAUUGCGCAGCAAAAUCUGUCUCUUCUUCAAAAUGGUUCUAGACCGUCGUUCAGUCAGCAGCUGCCCACAACGUAUGAACAUGAAGGAAUGGGCCCACCAGCAGAAGAAGUAGUUUUGCCACCACCAAGGGCCGCUGCACCAGGACCUAUGCAAUCCCACCUCAACAUGCAGGAGGAACAGUUCAAAGAGUACCAAAGAAGACAAUCGGUGGCUGUUUCAGGAUCCCAUUAUCAAACACCUCCUGGAGCGGUAACGAAGACAACCAAGUUGCCCGUUCCCAGAAUGCGCCGAAUAAGAGCACUUUCAGACUUUCAUCCAGUAAGAAAUGCCAAGCCUAAAUACAGAAGAGCUUCAUCAGCAUCUCAAUAUAUUUCUCCCCUAAUAGCGUUGUCCAUUUCACUUAGUUCCACUUAUCGUAUAUGCCGACCAGAGUUCAGUUACAAUAUUGCAAAGAACCCUCGAAGAGUGUUAACCAAACCAAGUGAGCCUAAGCUCAACAAUGGCUACGACAAUAUUGACAGUGACUACAUUCAAUACGUCCACGAUGUUUUGGGUAUUGAGGAGAAUAAGAAAUAUAUGGUUCUCGACAUUUUAGGCCAGGGAACUUUUGGACAAGUGGUAAAGUGUCAGAACUUGAAAACACAAGAAAUCGUAGCAGUCAAAGUUAUCAAGUCAAAGGCUGCUUUUUUAAACCAGUCAAUGAUUGAGGCUGAAAUACUAGACCAUUUGAACAAAAAUAUUGACCCACAGGAUGUUCACCACUUUUUAAGGUUAAAAGAUAAGUUCAUUCAUCGCAACCAUUUGUGUUUGGUAUUUGAACUUCUUUCUUCGAACCUUUACGAAUUAAUAAAGCAAAACAAGUUCCAAGGUCUUUCUAUUAAACUGGUCAGGAAGUUUGCAAUUCAAUUGUUGGAUUCACUUUGUGUGUUGAAGAAUGCGAAAUUGGUUCAUUGUGACCUGAAGCCAGAGAAUAUCUUAUUGGUCUACCCAGACAAACCUCAAUUGAAGAUUAUUGAUUUCGGAACAGCAUGCUACGAAGGUCAGCCUGUAUACACAUAUAUUCAAUCUCGAUUCUAUCGAUCUCCAGAAGUUGUUUUGGGUUUAUCAUAUUCAACAUCUAUUGACAUGUGGUCGUUUGGAUGCAUUGUGGCUGAGCUGUUUUUGGGAUUGCCUCUUUUUCCAGGAACUUCAGAAUACAACUUAUUGGCCAGAGUAAUUGACAUGUUAGGAAUGCCUCCACAUUUCAUGAUAGAAAUGGGUAAGAAUUCACCUAAUUACUUUACGAGGAUAAAUUCCACUCAGUACAAGUUCAAGAAUGUGGAACAAUUUUCUCAAGAUCCAGAUGUUUGGAAGAGAGAAAGAGAAAGUAAAUCAUACUUUACACACAGAUAUUUAAAUGAGAUAAUACUUAAUUAUGAAUUGCCAAAGAAAAAUAUGACAUAUAGCAUGAUUGACAAAGAGAUGCGUCAGCGAGAAUGUUUGGUGCAUUUUUUGAUGGGAGUCUUGAACCUGAAUCCGUUGAAAAGAUGGUCUCCCCAGCAAGCAAGUGCACACCCAUUCAUCACAGGUCAACCGUUUAAUUCCAAUUGGACACCUCCUGGAUUUAGUGUUCACAAUUCUGGCGGAUCGGAAACGGAGUUACACUCCUCAGAGAAGACGCAGGAAACACAACCUGAACCCAGCACAUACUCAAAUACACCAGUCAGUCAAGCAUAUCGUUCGUCAUUCACCAAGCAAGAGCGGCCUCCUCAACAGCAUCAAUACUCGUAUGGAUAUGCUUCAUCCCAAGCUAUUCCACCAAAGGAAGUCCCCAAAUCUAAAUUACAACAGUACACAAGCAAUUAUAGUGUAUCAAGCGGAUCUUCAAGCUCAAAGUCCUCGUCUAUGGCGGGUUCCAUCACGGGCGAAGAUAUCGAGACUGAUACUGGCCAAACAAUGUUCAAGCAAGGAUACUCGAUCCAAAAGGCAAGUGAUAAAAAGUAG